ACGACAUAAAAAAAUGAAAGUUGCCUUUCCUCCAGUUUUUGGCAAGGAAACCAGGCAUUUAAAUGGCGAAAAAGCGGUUUUAAAAGAGGCAUUUUUGGGCUCAAAGGUGGAAAAUAAAGAAAUAAAUCAAAAUGGAUUAAUAUCAACAAAAAUACCACCAUAUGGGCAGAGAGAAGGAUGGAUUCCUAAGAGAAUUGAAGAUUUUGAAGAUGGAGGGGCUUUUCCAGAGAUUUUAGUGGCACAAUAUCCCUUACAAAUGGGUCUGAAGAAAAUGACAGCUGGAGCUGCUUUAGCAAUUCAAGUAGAUGCAGAAGGCAAUAUAAGGUAUGAUGCAAUUGCACGCCAGGGCCAUGAUCCGGAUAGAAUUGUGCAUUCUUCUUUUAAAAGCUUAAUUCCUUUACGACAGAGAGCAGACAUUGGAGAAAUAUCAUUAGAACGACCAUCUAUUGAAGAAGUAGAAGCUACAACAGAAAGAACUCGUCGUGCAUUAGAAAAAAUUAUAACAGGGCAGAUUGCGGCAUCAAAACCGAAAACUAUUCAGACACAAGAAAAGCAUGAACCAACUUUUGUUCGUUAUACUCCAUGUAAUCAAAUGGGAGAGACCGCUGAUGUUGUUCAUCGUCAGCGGAUUAUUAAAAUGGUGGAAAUGCCACAAGAUCCAAUGGAACCGUUAAAGUUUAGGCAUAAAAAAAUUCCUAGAGGACCGCCAUCUCCUCCGGCGCCUGUAAUGCAUUCUCCCCCAAGAAAAUUAACGGCAAAAGAGCAACAGGAGUGGGUUAUUCCUCCUAGUAUUUCAAAUUGGAAAAAUGCUAAAGGUUAUACAAUACCCCUUGAUAAACGAUUAAUAGCGGAUGGUCGUGGUAUGAUGGAUGUUCAAAUUAAUGAUAAUUUUUCAAAAUUAUCUGAAGCACUUUAUGCUGCAGAUAGACAUGCUAGAGAAGAGGUCAGAAAGAGGGCGCAGAUGCAACAUAAGAUUGCUCAAAAAGAAAAAGAUGCUAAGAAAGAACAUCUUCAAGAACUUGCAAGAAAAGUAAGGGAAGAACGUCAUAUGUUGCAGCAAAAGGACUCAAGUAAUGCUUCGGAAGCUACACGUUCUGAUGAGGAUGAAAAUUCAGAAGAUGAAAGAGCUGCUAAAGAACGAGAAAAUCUUCGUAGAGAACGUCGAAGGGAUGUAGAACGACAAAUGCGUAUGUCUCGCAUGGGUGCUGAACAACGUCUUAAAGUGAUGGCUCGUGAACAAAAUAGAGAUAUAUCUGAAAAAAUUGCACUUGGUCUGGCUAAGCCAACUCUGUCUAAAGAUAGUCUUUUUGACAAUAGACUUUUUAAUCAAACAGCUGGAUUAGAUUCAGGAUUUAAAGAUGAUGAUACUUAUAAUAUAUAUGAUAAACCGUUGUUUGCUACUGCUGCUGCAGUACAAUCUAUAUACAGGCCUAAGGCAAAUGAUGUUGAUGAAAAUCCUGAUGAAGAAUUAAAUCGUGUUACUCGUGAAAGCAGAUUUGAAGUUCUUGGAAAAGCCACCCAUGGAUUUAAGGGUGCAGAUUUGGCUGAGCCAAGAGAUGGCCCAGUACAGUUUGAGAAGGAUUCUGAUCCAUUUGGAAUUGAUGCCUUUAUUGCUAGUGCAGCAGCGAGUGCUUAUGCAAAAAGGAAUCUUGGUCUAGAUACAAGUACAACAAAAGAUUCGAAAAAAACAAAAUUAGAAAACAGUCAAUAAAAAAGUAUGAAAAGCUAUAAAGUUAUGAAUAAUUUGUGUGUUUGUAUAUAUAAAAUUUUUUUAAUUAUGACGCUCCCCAUACAGUAAUUUCUCCAUUUACUCCACAACUAAGCAUUUGAUUUUUCUUGGGAUGAAAUGCAACACAGCUGACACAUGAUCUUUGCGAAUUUUCCGGUGCAAAUCGUAAUUGAUGAAUUAGUUUUGCUUCUAAAAGAUCCCAUACACAAAUGCGGCCAUCUUCGCUUCCACUAAUGACAACUUUAUCCGAUUGACCAAAACAUGACUUUACUCUGUAUUCUGAAUUAACAUGUCCCUUAAAUGUUUGCAAAAGUCCACCAUUGCAUUUAUCAAGAAGACGAAUUGUAGAAUCAAGUGUCGAAAUUAGCAAGCAAUUAGCAUCAUUUGAUUGUUCAACUGAAGUUACUGGUUCUUUUCUUUUUUUAGCAAAAAAAAGUAUUUUUCAAAAAAAAGAUUACUCUACGUCCUAUUACAUCUGUAUACAAUUGUCCUCUUCUUAGAUCAUAUGUACGUACUCUUCCAUCAAUUGAUCUAGAUCCUUUUUUAAUUUAUAAUAAAAAU